AUGGCCACGCGUGCCAGGCCGGCUCGCCAGGCCGCACAGUCGACUAACUACACCUUCGACGAGUCCGACGGGUCCGCGGACGCCGCCGGAUCAGCUUCGAGCGAUGAGGAGGAGUACGGCCGCAAGAGGGCCAAGACGAGCAAGAACAAGGGCAAGGCCCGCAUGAAGACGCCGGACGAGAGCGGCGAGGAGGAGGAGGAGGAGAGUGAGGGAGGCUCGUCAACGAGCGCAGCUCGGAAGAAACGCGGCAACCCUUACCUGCUUCCCAGUCUCAACCGCGCACGCGCGCGUUGGGGAUCGCCUGCGCCAGAGCUCGUCGAGUACGAGGUGAAACGCGUCGACUUCAGCAAGACGCUCCCCGUCGAGACCGUGGCCGAGAUCCUCUCCUAUCUCGGUCCGAAGACUCUCUACGAGCUCUCGUUCCUCAACAAGACUUUCCACGCCAUCUUGACGUCACCCACCGUCAAGCCUGUCUGGAAGAGGGCGUACACCUUCCGCGACUUGCGCGACGACGAGGCCGCCAAGCCGCGAGGCGUACUGGCCAUCAGGCUGGAGAAGAGGAGAAUCCCCGCCGACCCGCAGAACCCGCAAAACAAGCUGCCCAAGUUUUGCGGCGUGGAGGUGGAACCCUACCGCCUCGCAGUCCUGAUGUUCGAGUCGGCUUGUCAGCUCUGCGGCGAGGACACGGUCGAGCGGCCCGACCAGUUUCUCUUCAGGCGCAUCUGCAAGGAAUGCCGCACUCGAUCUUUCAUCGGCGUCGAGGAGGUCGUGCUGGACAAGAAGUACGAAGGUCUUCACGCCGCCACUCUCAAGGUCGUCCCCAAGACGUCGGUCGAGCCGGACAGGCGGUUCGCAGUGCGCUGCACCGACUUCGUCUACCUUCCCGAACUCUACGAGACCUCCGACAUGCUCGAAGAGAUCGACUACGCGGCCGACGGCGACAAGCCGUGGCGCGGCGCAGAGCUCGACUUGCAGUCGAUCGGCCGGGACUUGUCGCGCGCCGCCAAGCUCGCCGAUUCGUGGCGCGACAGUCGCCAGCAGAAGGCGAAAGGCAUCGAGCAGCGCAUCAUGGCACAGUUCUCGCCUCGACUUACGCGCUGGAUUGUCGCCGCCUAUCAGCGCCUCGGGUAUCGCGAAGAUGUGGAGCGGGCAGAGGGAAGGGCGGCAUCGGAACAGGCGCGUGCGGAGCGCUUCGCGCGCAUUUCGCAGCGAGUGAAGCAGGAAGGAAUCUUCGACCAGUACGACGAAAACCGUCUCGUCACCCAUCCGCUGGUCGGCCUCGCCGAGCCGCUGACCGACGACGUUUGGCACGCCAUCGCGGCCGCCAUCUACCUCGAUCUGGGUCGCGCCGCCGCCAAGGACCUCAUCGCACGUUCCGUCAAGGGACAAGGUCGACCUUCCCAAGCAGCCGAAGGGCCUUGGGCGUACAUCCAUCCCGCUUUUCCGGACAUCGUCGCCCGGAGUAAGGAGAGGGAGGAGAGGGCGAAGGAGAACGAGCGCGAGGAACGGGAACUCGCUCGCAAGCAAAAGCGGCUCGACAGCAAACACGCGUUCCUCCGCGACCGUUACGACGCGAUCUUGGCCGACAUCCCGAGCGACGAAGUCCGGGCCUUCGCCCCCUGCUUCCGCGACUUUCUGCACCUCGACAACGUCAAGGAUCUUUACGACGACGCAGAGUUUGCGACGGAGAAGAGCAGGGCGAACCAGGACCUCCAAGUCUUCCAGGAGCGCCUCGACGCCGUACGCGACGAGAUGAACGGGUUUGCGAUCGACGUGCGCCUGCACGCUCUCAAGCUUAUUCUCGCCGCCACAACCGACACGAGCGAGGAGGAGAUCGAGCAGCUCGACGUUGACAUACUGUCAGACCCUCGAUUCGACGAUGACUUCUUCCGCCGUCCGUCUUCGUGGAUCAACUGCGGCGGCGACUACUGCUCAAACACCGGUCCUCUCGUCGACGUCCUCAAGCACUGGCACGAGAGGCACGAGCCGGACCUGCCUGAUCGACUCGACGAUCCUGUUCUCAGGUUCGAAGAGGAUGAGGAGGAGAAGAACCCGAACACCUCGCCAGAGAGGCUCGUCCAGCUCUCGCUCGAGGUUGCCUGCGCUUGGUCAGCGCUUCUCGAGCUCGGGCGGAUCGACGGCGAUGACCCGAAUGUCACGAAGGAAGAUGUCGAGGAGACGUUCAAGUCCUUCAGGUUCGUCUGGGAGAACUGCCCGUCUCACAAGGGCUUUCCGAGGGAGACGUGGAGCAGUCUCCUGGGCUCGGUCAAGUACGCCACUCGCGAGGCGCGCGAAGCGGGCAAGUUCCUCCCGCCGCCGAUCAUCGCCAUGAAGGACCUCAACUCGCGCGAACGGAGGAUGGCGGAACGCGAUGCCGAGUGGGCGAAGAGGCGCACUGCGUGGUGA